AUGCCGAUCAGCAGCGACAUCACUAUUGAGAUCUCCAAGUUCCGCGCAGACAAUAUCACGGAGCCAACAAAGAAAGCUGCGGCUUUCCUGGAAAAUAUCGGUACCAACGGGCCCAAGUGGUGGGAGGUAGGCAUCGAAAAAUACCGUGAGAUGCGGGAGCUUGGACAGACAUCACUGCCAAAGCCUGUAUAUCUCCCAGAGGCUUUUGAUGAAUAUAUUCCCUCUCGAGACGCCGGUCGUCAUAUCCCGAUCCGCAUUUACAAGCCUGAUAAUGCUGAGCCUAGUCAAGGCAUCUUCCUGCACAUCCACGGGGGCGGUUUUGUGAUCGCAACUCAAAAAGAUUUUGACCAUCGUCUCCGGGCAUACGCCAACAACUGUCAACUGACGGCCAUUUCAGUUGGAUACCGUCUGGCCCCAGAACACCCAUACCCGGCCGCAGUCCAUGAUUCCAUCGAUGUCGCAGAGUAUAUGGUAGAUCACGGCGUAGAGGUCUACGGUACCCCCUUGCGCUUUAUGGGUGGAGAGUCAGCUGGAGGGUGCCUAGUCGCUCUCACAUCUCUGCAUUUAAUGAGAUCCCGUCCUUCGCACAAACUAUCAGGUCUGAUCUUUCCUUACGGAUUAUUUGAUCUUGCGCUCGGACUUCCCACAAUGGUCGCAUCAAAAAAGCCCCUGAUGAUAGAUCUAGCUACUAUGCAACGCUUCAAUGACGCAUAUGUCCCGGGUAUGAGCACCGCCGAGCUCAAGAAUCCUUCCGUUUCUCCACUGUACGAGGACCUUCAGGCACUGGUUGGGGCAUCUCCCAUCGGGACGUUGCCUCCUGCCCUCUUCCUCUGUGGAACAUAUGAUCCAUUGCUCGAUGACACGAUCAUAAUGAGUACCAAGUGGAAUAUUGCUGGCGGGGAGGCGAUCGUUAAGAUCUACCCUGGCGCAACGCAUGGCUUUACGGCGUUUCCCGGUCUACCUGUGGCCGAUGAGGCCAAUGCGGUAUCCUUAGAGUUCAUAAAGGGGAAACUGAGCAAUCCAGUAUGA